GCGUGUAGAUCGCCAUAAAACCUCACGGAAGAAAAAGUAAACGGAAGUAAGCGUUGAACAAGAACAUUUUUCACGUUAGCGUUUUUGUUAGAUUCAUUAACACAAUGAAACUCAAACUGUGACUCAUUUAACUGCACAGCAUCACAUACUUGCCCCAGGUAUUCUUUACUUUGCGUUGGAGACAGGACUUGGUUGAUAGAUGUUAUCUAGGUAACGCAGCCUAGCUAGUAGCAGUUAACAAUGGCUAACUGUAUGGUUUUUCACACUCAAAUAGCCUCCAUCAUGGAGGUACUAGCGAAUGCAGCCGUGGCAGAGAUCUGUAAACUAGUAGACGACGACUAUGCAGUGUUUCGUUUAGAAAUUUCUCAAAGCCAGAAAGAAAACAGGGGAUUGCGGAGGAAACUACAGUUAAUAGAACUGAAGGUGGCACGUGAGCGCGCAGAGAGGACAACGCGAGAUCGCGUCCUCGCCAGUCGUCCCAGCAGUGUCAAGAUCAUUGACCGAUUCAGAGGAAUGGCAAGAGGUGAAGGACAUCUCACUGGAGGCCACAGGAGCUUUGUGAAGCCAGCGGGACACAAUACAUGGAGAGAUGACCAACCAAUCACCAUUGAUGAGGGGAAUGGAACCUCAACCCAGCACAUUAUUGUGAUAGAGUCUGCAGAUGCAGAGGCUGCAGGUCCUGGAGUCAAGCAGGAGAGGUCUGAAGGAGAAGAGGACCCACGGCACAGCAAAGACAUCCAGACUGGAGAGGCUGGAUCACCCCCUGUAGCCACAGAGGACCCCACCACCAACCCAGCGCAGCCCAGGACCCAACGUAGCAUCACGGAGGUCAGUGGAACGAUGGAGGAGGAGGGUCCAGAGGUGGUGCUGGUGAAGGAGGAGGGGUGUGAGGAGGGUUUGGGGAACCCUGAGGGGACCAUGGUCAUGGAGGAUAACCAGACUUCACCUCUUGAACCCACAGAGGAACCAUCUGAGCAGCACAGGACUACACACAGUCUCACUGAGUCAGUAGACAUGGAGGAUGGGAAGCCUGAUCUGUUGCUGGUCAAAGAGGAAAUAGAAGAUGGACCAGAGAGCAUUGAUUUGAUGAGUGGACUAAAGAUGGGGGAGCAAGGUGGUUGGCUGGAAGCUAACAGAGGAGACUGGGAAGACAUCUUGGAUUCCCAAACCCAGACGGGUGCAGCCAAGGGCCCGGGGGACAACAUCACUGAGCAGGCCAGGACGAGAGGUGACAUAAUGGAGUCUGCAGUCCAUGAAGACCUGCUGAUAUCCGGUGUUGCUGGCGGGAGAGACUGGACCUCUGAAGCUGCCUGUCACAAAUCCUGGUCCCGGAUCAGGACCCUGGAUCAGGAGCCGUCACUCGUCCUUACCGAGUCAGAACCAGGACCCAACCACGAGGGACAGAGACUCCACCACUACAUAGAACACAACCAGUGGACAGGUGGACUGAACAACCUCAGUACUGGUGGUCAUCAGAGAGACAGAGGCUCCAGUCAGGGAUCCAUUCUGCAGCCCAGACCCUUCUCUUCACAGUCUCAGUGCAGGGAUGAAGCAGGGCCUGGGGCUGAUAGAGAUAGACCCUCCUGUUCCUAUGAUACAAACACCACCGUAUCCAUGAUGAACAAAGCAGGUCACCCUGGGCUUCAGCCUUUACUGAGAGUGGUGGGCGAUCCCCCUGGUGGGAGUUUAACAGGAAGUCUGUCUUCCCCUUCAGGAUCUCGCCUAAUGCCUGGUGACUGGGUUCAUAGAAAGCCUGGACCUGGGUCUAGCCUUCCUCAGCUACAUCAUGGUUACCCCACGAAUAUAGACAGGGUCAGGAUGGGCGUUCACCACGAGCGAUACCUAGCCUGUAGCACAGCACACAAUCCCAACAACACCCAAACAAUGGCUAGAGGUCAAGGAGGGAGCUCAAAGACUAACCACCUGAUGGUGGUGUCUCCUGCUUCUACCUCUGGUGUCAUUGGGUCACAACGUGUGAGGCCGAGCGUUAGGACGGAAGCCGGCAAGACGUACGCCUGCCCCACCUGUCAGAAGCGCUUCGCUCAUGCGAACUAUGUGAAGAGGCACCAGGCCGUUCACACCAAGGACAAGCCCUUCAAGUGCAAACUAUGUUACAAGAGCUUCUCCUUCCUGACUAGCCUUAUCAGACAUAGGAGUGUCCACAAUGGGGAAAAAUCGUAGCAGUGUGCCUUGACAUGUACACAGGAGAUGUCUGGGAACUAUUCUUUAGUUGAAUUAUUAUAGUUAUCAUGUCUAGUUUCUUGGGGUAAGAGGGUAAUUAAACCACAUACCCCUCAUUAACCCUUUGUUAACUUGCUAUUUGAAAUUGGAUUGUAAAAUACUUAUUUUUAUGAGAGUUGCUAACACACUGUUCUUUCUAAGCAAGUCUUCUCUCAGCUGUAAAGACCGUGAUCAUAGGAGAUUUGAAGUGUAUUAUAAUAAGCAGUAUCUUAUUUCCAAGAACAGCGCGAGUACCUUUUUCAUUGAACCACACCCAUUGUGUAAAUGGAAGUGAACAAUGACCAAUAACUAUUUCCACGUCAGCGUUUUUAUUGUUAUUUAGACUUUUAUUAACACCCUGGAACUCAAAAUAUGACUAAUUUAACUGCACAGCAUCACAUACUUUCCCCAGUUAGUGUUUAAUGCGUUCCGGUAACUCAGAGCUCCCCAGGUCACCCGCCUCUCGUGCAUAUUUUUUGUUCCGGCACCUCCUGAUUUACAAAUUAAGCACUGAUUACAUGAUUAAACAACCAAAGUUAUUCUACAACAUUCCCAGAUUUUUUUGGUGUCUUGUUUUCGUUCUAUUGUAAGGCCUACAUGAAAUGUACAAAAUGUGUUUGUAUGUAAAAAUUAUUGAAAACACAUAUUGCCAUUUUUUAUAAUAAACUCCAAUGGCUCCAUAUUGUUAGGUACUUGAAUCACACUGUUAGACAUGGGCUUGAUUGUGAUUAACAUGUUCUAAUAUUAUGUAAUGUUUCUGUAUGUACAGCGAAUCGUUUUUUUCAGGUAGCCUAGCGGUUAAGAGUGUUGGGCCAGUAACCGAAAGGUCGCUGGUUUGAAUACCCAAGCAUGACUAGGUGGAAAAACCUGUUGAUGUGCCCAUGAGCAAGACACUUAACCCUAGUCGCUUCUGUAUGUCGUUCUGAAUCAGAGCGUCUGCUAAAUGACUAAAACGCAAAUGUAAUAAACCUUUAUGCUUUUCUGCACAAUCUUUGUUUGCAGUCUGCAGUCCAUGAAGACCUGCUGAUAUCCAGUGUUACUGGUGAGAGAGAGUGGACCUCUGAGAUGGCUGGUCACAAAGACCUGCCCCGGAUCACGACCAUGGAUCAGGAGCCAUCACUCUUCCUUCCCGAGUCGGAACCGGGACCAAACCACACAGAGCACAUCUGGCGGGGAGUGAGCCGGCAACCGGAGCAUUACUGGCAUCAAUAUCUCAGGUGCCACCUACCACUGAUGUUCCCUUGAACAAGGAACUUAACCCCCUAAACUGCUCAUUGGACGGUGCACUGCAGCUGCUCUCUGCUCCAGCCUCUACAACCUAAUGUGUGUUUGUAUGUAUGUGUGUAAAUCAGGGGGUUGGAUAAAAGCAGAAGAAACAUUUCCAUCACACAAUCCCAAUAACAAUGGCUAGAGUUCAAAGACUGGCUCCUGCUUCUACCACAUUAUAACGUGGGAGGCCAAGUAUUAGGACAGACAAGCCAUACCAGCCGUAUGUGUAGGAAGCGCUUCUCUGAGGCUAAGUAUGUGAAGAGGCCGUUCACGCCAAGGAAAGGCCCUUUAAGUGGAAACUAAACUCAGCAAAAAAAGAAACGUCCCUUUUUCAGGACCCUGUCUUUCAAAGAUAAUUUGUAAAUAUUCAAAUAACUCCACAGAUCUUCAUUGUAAAGGAUUUAAACACUGUUUCCCAUGCUUGUUCAAUGAACCAUAAACAAUUAAUGAACAUGCAUCUGUGGAACAGUCGAUAAGACACUAACAGCUUACAGACGGUAGGUAAUUAAGGUCACAGUUAUGAAAACUUGCGUGAACGUGUCUUAGGCAUGCUGCAAGGAGGCAUGAGGACUGCAGAUGCGGCCAGGGCAAUACAUUGCAAUACGACAGCGCUACAGGGAGACAGGACGGACAGCUGAUCGUCCUCGCAGUGGCAGACCACUUGUAACCCACCUGCAGAGGAUCGGUAAAUCCAAACAUCACACCUGCGGGACAGGUACAGGAUGGCAACAACUGCCCGAGUUACACCAGGAACGCACAAUCCCUCCAUCAGUGCUCAGACUGAGGCUGGACUGAGGGCUUGUAUACCUGUUGUAAGGCAGGUCCUCACCAGACAUCACCGGCAACAGCGUCGCCUAUGGGCACAAACCCCGCGUCGCUGUACCAGACAGGACUGGGGAAAAAAUGCUCUUCACUGACGAGUCGCGGUUUUGUCUCACCAGGGGUGAUGGUCAGAUUCGUGUUUAUCGUCGAAGGAAUGAGCGUUAUACCGAGGUACUCGGGAGUGGGAUUGAUUUGGAGUUGGAGGCUCCGUCAUGGUCUGAGGCGGUGUGUCACAGCAUCAUCAGACUGAGCUUGUUGUCAUUGCAGGGAAUCUCAACGCAGUGCGUUACAGGGAAGACAUCCUCCUCCCUCAUGUGGUACCCUUCCUGCAGGCUCAUCCUGACAUGACCCUCCAGCAUGACAAUGCCACCAGCCAUACUGCUCGUUCUGUGCAUGAUUUCCUGCAAGACCGGAAUGUCAGUGUUCUGCCAUGGCCAGAAAAGAGCCCGGAUCUCAAUCCCAUUGAGCACGUUUGGAACCAGUUAGAUCGGAGGGUGAGGGCUAAGGCCAUUCCCCCAGAAAUGUCUGGGAACUUGCAGGUGCCUUGGUGGAAGAGUGGGGUCAUCUCACAGCAAGAACUGGCAAAUCUGGUGCAGUCCACGAGGAGGAGAUGCACUGCAGUACUUAAUGUAGCUGGUGGCUACACCAGAUACUGACUGUUACUUUUGAUUUUGACCCCUUUGUUCAGGGACACAUUAUUCAAUUUAUGUUAGUCACAUGUCUGUGGAACUUGUAGAGUUUGUCUCAGUUGUUGAAUCUUGUUAUGUUCAAACAAACAUUUACACAUGUUAAGUUUGCUGAAAAUCAACGCAGUUGACAGUGAGAGGACGUUUCUUUUUUUGCUGAGUUUACAAGUUGAUUUGAUCCAUACUACGACAGUUGAUAUUGCUCGUCCGCAUGCGGAUGACUAGCAGGCUUGUGCAUGUCGCACGUGGCUAGUCAAAUGUCGAACUCUUCAUUGAGACAUUGCUGAAACAUCAAGCCAUUGUCUAGUAAGUGCCACAUUUUCAUUUGUGCCUCAAAUCAAAAUGAAAGAAAAGUUAUCUUGCAAAUUCAGCAGGAUAUGGUGUGAAAUAGGCUUGUUUAAGUGCCGUCUUUAUUGUAUUACUUAUCGUUAAUGCCGUCUUUGGUGUGGUUAUCAAUGCAUGAGCACCUUUUUUCUCACUUCUAUCAAUACAAAUCAUUGUAUUAAA